AAAAUCAAAAAUAAACUGGCCGCGCAUAGAACAUGCAUCGCGGCGUGCAGGCCUACUGCUGCGAGUGAGUUUGAUGCCACCAUAUAUUGAACUUUAGUGUCCAAAACAUAAGGUUCAAGAUUGAGAACAAUUUGGUCGCCCAUGAGAACAUGCAUAUUGGCGUGCGUCCCUACUGCUGCGACCAAUGUCCCAGCGCCUACACCUCGGCCGCCGCGCUUACAAGACACCUGAAGAAGCAUUCGGACGAGGAGUACAUCUGCGACCACUGCCAGCGCGCCUUCAAGGUCAAGGCGGCGCUCAUCGCGCACUUGGACACUCAUAAAGCGAUACCGAAGUACGGCUGCUCGCUGUGUCCGCAGCGCUACGCCACCAAGAACGCGCUGAACCACCACGUGCGCCGCGUGCACCUGCGUCUGCCGCUGCCCUGCGCCUGCCAGGUCUGCCCCAAGAGGUACGUCUUAUGGGCUUGA